AUGUACAUCUUGGCCCUGUUUGGAAACGUGCUCAUCAUCCUGACAGUAAGCUCUGACUCCCAUCUCCACACACCCAUGUACUUUUUUCUCUUCAACCUGUCCAUGGUUGAUAUUGGUUUUAUCUCUACCACUGUUCCACGGGUGAUUUUAGACAUCCAUGUACACUGUCGAGUCAUCUCCUAUGUGGGUUGCCUGACGCAGAUGUCACUGUUCAUAAUUUUUGCAUGUAUGGAUAGCAUGCUUCUGACUGCAAUGGCAUUUGAUCGAUUUGUGGCCAUCUGCCAUCCUCUGCAUUACCAGGCCAUUAUGAAUCCGAAUUGCUGUGGUGUCUUACUUCUAGGUUCUUUUUUAUCCAUUGUUUGCCUGUUUUAUGGAACAGGAGUAGGGGUGUACUUCAGCUCCUCCCUGUCACUUUCCCCAAAAAGUAAUGCAGUGGCCUCAGUGAUGUACACUGUCGUCACACCUAUGUUGAAUCCCUUCAUCUACAGCCUGAGGAACAAGGACAUUAAAACUGCUUUAAGCAACAUUCUUAGAAGAACAUUCUAA